GUUAUGGCUCUAAUGUGGGGUCGCAGAUUCGGAGGGUAAGGUAGGUGUUGUGCAUAGUUAGUUGUGGGGCUUUCCCGCCGACUUUACGCAACUGUACAGUACGCCACCGCCCACUGUGUAUUGAGAAGACCUACGACUUUCGGGUCGGUUACACUCAUUCAUUGCGCACUCGACUCCAACUACUAUCUAGCGCUUUCCGGUGCCCCCUAUUUCGGUGUCGCAUAGCAAGGUACCGGAGCUGGUAUUGUUUCCCUCUUGUGCGCCCAGCCCGGGUUGCAUGGACAAAAAUAGGAGGUGGUACAUGCCUGGGUAGCUCCUGAAGUUCCUGAAGUUCCUGGUAUGGGAAUCCUCGGGGCCUAUCACUCACUCUCUUGGAAAUGCAUGGGAAAGGGUUUUCUUGGGGAUUAGACCAUGAUCCCUUCCCGACCAGCCAGCCGGCGGAAGGUUGAUUCGUUAAAAUCCCAGCAAUUUUUCACGUCGGACCCGAUGUAUGUCUUUGGAGCCGUCGGUCUUGUCCCCGGUCACAAAACCGGCGUCGAUCGUGUCGGCGCCGCUGGUAUCGAGCGCGAGGAUUGUCGAUGGCGGCGGAGGGCCCGCGGCCCGGGAUUUUCGCCCAGCUAGCAUUGCACGAGGCCCCGGGUUGGACGCGGGACUCGAGCUAUUCUUUCUCAGUACUAGUGGGAAGCGUUUUGGAGACCUGUCUUAGUGCAGCUCUAGCUGCUUUGUUGGUGGAGCUGCAGUGUGGCAUUGGGCCUUGAUUGAACUGUGGAAUUGAUGAAGCAAAAAGUCCCCGCUGGGGUUAGGGUUUCAGGUGCGUGGUGUCAGAUCCUGCGAGCACAGAGGAUAUGGUCCGAAGAGACCGACUCUUUCUUUGACUCUCUCCCCCCCGGUUUCGUUGCUGUUGAGAGUGCCGCGCAGCACAGACCUGAUGAGUCUUGGGCCAGGGUGGUGCGGGCGCUGUGGUGUCCCGGAGGCACCGGUUCAAUACCUACCUGCCUCGUCAACUGUGAGGUGGAAAGAGAGAGAGUA